CCCUGUCUGUGCUCAUCCUGCUGCAGGACUUCAUCACUGCUCUGUGCUUUAGUCAGCUGUAGACCUUCAGUUCCAGAAUGUUCCAGACCACAGCUGUGGUCCAGGGAGCCCUUUCCCUGGCUUUCCUGCUGAGUCUCCCAGGAGCUGGGGGCAUCAAGGAGGAACACGUGUCAAACUUCGGCAUAUUUGUACAGACGCAGAAACCAACCGGGGAGUACAUGUAUGAGUUUGAUGAUGACGAGAUAUUUUACGUGGACCGGGACAAGGAGGAGACCAUCUGGCGCCUGGAGGAGUUUGGCUCAGCCUUUUCCUUCGACGCUCAGGGCGGCCUGACGAACAUCGCCAUCAUGGAGACAAACCUGGACAUCAUGAUCAAGCGCUCCAACCACACCCAGGCCCCGAGUGAGCCCCCGGAAGUGAUCGUGUUUCCCAAGAACCCCGUGGAGCUGGGCCAGCCCAACAUUCUCAUCUGCCACAUCGACAAGUUCUUCCCACCAGUGCUCAAUGUCACGUGGCUGCGAAACAGGCAGCCAGUCACUGAAGGAGCCUCAGAGACCAUCUUUCUGCCCAGAACAGACUACAGGUUCCACAAGUUCCACUACCUGACCUUCCUUCCCAAGGCCGAGGAUGUCUACGACUGCCAGGUGGAGCACUGGGGCCUGGACGGGCCGAAACUCACUCACUGGGAGCCGCAGGAGCCAGUCCAGGUGACCGAAACGACACAGACAGUGAUCUGUGCCCUGGGCCUGGUGGUGGGCCUGGUGGGCAUCAUCGCUGGCACAGCACUUAUAAUAAAGUCUCUACGUUCCAGUCGUGACCCCCGUGACCCCUGGGCCCAGGGACGCCUGUGAGUCACUGAGGAGGUGAUCGUAUUGCUGAAAAGAAGAUGACCCGGUAGAGGAUGCAGACGCCGUGAGCUCUGUCUCAGCUUCCCUUCUCAAGUGCUGUGCUCUGUCCUUCUGGCUUGUGGAACCCUCCAGAUCCUUAUUCAUGGCCUUAAAGCAUUCAGUCCUUAGUAAAGUUCCCAGUGAAUAGAAGGCCAUACGGGUAUUGUUGUAGCACCAGCGAGGAGCUCCCCCUUUCCUGGGCUUCACAUCUCUGAUUUUCUUGGACUACUUUCCCGCCCAAGAAUCCUCCAAUAAAUUCUGUUGUGGAGCUGGGAGACUGUGGUGCUUCUUGCUGGCAGCCUGGGACUAGUUACAUGUGCUGAUGUUUUAUGAGGCAUGUGUGUGGUUUCAAUCUCACCUGGGCAGGGAUCUGAGAAUCUUGACUCCCAGUUAUUCCCUAAGCAUAGGAGAGGGGGGUAGAGAGAAGAUACUACU